AUGGCCCUCAUACGCCUCCUGCAGCGUAGACCCGACGGCACUGUCAUCCUUUGCGAACCCACGAGCGGCCCUGACAUAGAAGUGAAUGCAGACAGGAGCAAGACUACUAGCAAGGCUGGAUGGAGGAAGAUACGGUUCUGCGCAGACCAGGCCGCAGCUGAUGGGCUACAGUACUUCUGGGUAGACACGUGCUGCAUCGACAAGAAGAAUGCGGUUGAGCUCGGCGCGGCGAUCAACUCUAUGUUUCGGUGGUACCAGAACGCCGCACAGUGCUACGUCUACCUCUCGGAUGUCUCUAAACCGGAGGGAGCUGACAGCGAAAGAGCCAUUGCAGAACAGGGGUCCUGGGCCAAGCGCCGUGAAACCACAAUUGAAGAGGACGGGGCGUACUAUAUAAUUGGCAUCUGCGGUGUCGCAAUGGUGCUUAACUAUGGAGAGGGAAGAGACCACGCAUUUAGACAGCUGGAGAAGGAAAUCCACACCUUGUACAAAGGUAUAAACUUUGAACAAUACACUUUUAUGGCUAGAGAAAAGGAGCUGUUAAAGAUGCAUAAGCUGCUUUACAGUCGCAGCAGCCGAGCAGCUGUUCUGGCAGUUAAAUACGUUAGACAGCACAAAGAGAAGUACACAGCGAUGUUCUGGCUAAACGCGAAUGACGAAGAUUCCCUCCGGCUUAGCUUUCGCGGCAUCGCGCAGCAAGUCUUGCAGUGUCACCCCUCGGCCGGAGUGCUCAGUAGCGUAGACUUGGAAGGAGACCUUGAUUAA